CUGGCGGACAGCCGCGCUCCGCGUUACAGCAACUCGGGCAGGACCCCGACGGGACCCGCGCGCCAGGCUGCCGCCCGAGCCCCGCGGCUAUGCCCGGGGCCCCUCGCCUGUCCGGCCGCUCGUCCUGCGCCCGGGCCCGGCCCCCGACGGCCGCGCGUUGAGAUGACUUUCCGCGACCUCCUGAGCGUCAGUUUCGAGGGACCCCGCCCUGACAGCAGCGCCGGGGGCUCCGGCGCGGGCGGCGGCGGGGGCGGCGCGGGCGGCGCGGCCGCCUCGGAGGGCCCGGCAGUGGGCGGCGUGCCGGGAGCCGCCGGCGGCGGCGGCGGCGGCGGCGGCGUGGUGGGCGCGGGCAGCGGCGAGGACAACCGGAGCUCCGCUGGGGAGCCAGGGGGCGCGGGCGCGGGCGGCGAGGUGAACGGCACGGCGGCCGUCGGGGGGCUGGUGGUGAGCGCGCAGGGCGUGGGCGUGGGCGUCUUCCUGGCCGCCUUCAUCCUCACGGCCGUGGCGGGCAACCUGCUGGUCAUCCUCUCCGUGGCCUGCAACCGCCACCUGCAGACGGUCACCAACUAUUUUAUUGUGAACCUGGCCGUGGCCGACCUGCUGCUGAGCGCCACGGUGCUGCCCUUUUCGGCCACCAUGGAGGUUCUGGGCUUCUGGGCCUUCGGCCGGGCCUUCUGCGACGUGUGGGCCGCUGUGGACGUGCUGUGCUGCACGGCCUCUAUCCUCAGCCUCUGCACCAUCUCGGUGGACCGGUACGUGGGCGUGCGCCACUCGCUCAAGUACCCCGCGAUCAUGACUGAGCGCAAGGCGGCCGCCAUCCUGGCACUGCUCUGGGCCGUGGCCCUCGUGGUGUCCGUGGGGCCGCUGCUGGGCUGGAAGGAGCCGGUGCCCCCUGACGAGCGCUUCUGCGGCAUCACCGAGGAGGCAGGCUACGCCGUCUUCUCCUCGGUGUGCUCCUUCUACCUGCCCAUGGCCGUCAUCGUGGUCAUGUACUGCCGCGUGUAUGUGGUAGCUCGAAGCACCACGCGGAGCCUCGAGGCGGGCGUCAAGCGAGAGCGCGGCAAGGCCUCCGAGGUGGUGCUGCGCAUCCACUGUCGCGGCGCCGGCACCGGCGCGGGCGCCGGCGCCGACGGGGCGCACGGGACGCGCAGCGCCAAGGGCCACACCUUCCGCAGCUCUCUGUCCGUGCGCCUGCUCAAGUUCUCCCGCGAGAAGAAGGCGGCCAAGACGCUGGCCAUCGUCGUGGGCGUCUUCGUGCUCUGCUGGUUCCCCUUCUUCUUCGUCCUGCCGCUUGGCUCCCUGUUCCCGCAGCUGAAGCCCUCGGAGGGCGUCUUCAAGGUGAUCUUCUGGCUCGGCUACUUCAACAGCUGCGUGAACCCGCUCAUCUACCCCUGCUCCAGCCGCGAGUUCAAGCGCGCCUUCCUCCGCCUGCUGCGCUGCCAGUGCCGGCGUCGCCGGCGCCGCCGUCCCCUCUGGCGCGUCUACGGCCACCACUGGCGGGCCUCGACCGGCGGCCCGCACCCCGAAUGCGCUCCCGGCCCGGACGCCGCGCCUCCUGGAGCCCCGCUGGCCCUCACCGCACCCUCCGCCCCCGGCUCCCCGGGCACGCCCGAGAUGCAGGCUCCUCCUGUCGCCGGUCGUCGCAAGUCGCCCUGCGCCUUCCGCGAGUGGAGGCUGCUCGGGCCGUUCCGGAGACCCACCACCCAGCUGCGCGCCAAGGUCUCCAGCCUGUCGCACAAGAUCCGCGCCGGGAGCGCGCAGCGCGCAGAGGCCGCCAGCACCCUGCGCGCGGAGGUGGAGGCGGUGUCCCUGGGAGUCCCCCACGAAGUGGCCGAAGGCGCCACCUGCCAGGCCUACGAAUUGGCCGAUUACAGCAACCUCCGGGAGACUGAUAUUUAAGCACCCCGAGCUAGGCCCUGAGCUAGGCCGGGGAGCGUGCUGGAAGAGGAGGAAAGGGGCUGGGGGUGCGGUGAGGGGAGGGCAGGGAGGGAGGCUGGCUUUGUUCAAGAGGCCGGUGCGGCAUCAGGGACCCGGACACUGAUCAGGGCGGCUGCUCUCUGGCCUCCCUGAGGAACUGGGGCCGGGGUAAGGCCUUUGAAAGUUGACAAGUUUUGGCCCCCUCCUGACACAGGUGCCCGGAGCUCCUUCUUGAAGAGGAAGGGGCUUCGGGCUCCGUGGGGCCACUGGCUCCCAAUCCCUGUUUGAGAAACACUGUCCCAUCCCUGCUCUGAACUCUGGGUAGACAGCCUCAAGUAUGGCCAGGCAGGCCUGCCUCUCCUGGGGAGGAAGGGGCACAGAGGCCCUGCUUGGCUCUCUCCAACGCCUCCCCUGGGGAAAAAGUCCGUUGGGCCAAGGCUUCUCAAUGGACACAGUUUCUCCUUACUGCCGACUGGAGGAACCCAGUGGACCUGCCAACACCACCAACAAACUUUGGUGGCAGAUUGGAUGACCAUCAUACAAGCCUGUUGUAUUGACCCAUGGACCCACUCCCCCCUACAGAGGCUCUAUCAUGCAUACCCCAUCACCCGGCCCUGCCCCUCAUUAUGUCCAAGGGCCUUACUGUUUACACUCUGUACAUAGUGCCUGUGCCCGUCACUUCUUGCUGGGAUCUGGAGCCAUCAAACGGGAAGAGCUUUGUUUGUCAUUUUGAGACAUAUUUAUUGGUAAGAGUACUUCUAUUUUGUCCAAA